UUUCUUUGGUGGUGGUGCCGCAUCCAUGACGAAGCGAAGUGCGAUGAAGAGGUCUCGUCGCAAAGGCCUCGGACAAGCGGAGCGAAUCAUCAUCAUCAUCAUCAUCAUGUCUCGUCGUGGUCGGAUUAAGUCUACAGAAAUUAUCCUCGAGCCACCGCGGUCGAAAAGAGCAAGACAAACAUGCGACUUGGGAGUCAAUAUGGUGCGCGCAGAUGCAGCACGGAGGGCUCCGUAUUAUCUCCAUCAAGUGCAGGACUGCGAGAGGAGUUCUGAUUGAGGCGGUACCGGCGUCUGGAGUAGUCCAACGUUAGUCGAUCUUUACCGUCGUUGUGUCUGAAAACAUGAACUUGCGGAGAUAAGUCGAACAUCGGUGGACGUAGUGUUAGACGAUCCGAGAUAAACAUGCAGCGUUGUCCUGGAAAUUUGACAUAAAGACAGAGAUCAGAGCUGCGUGCUGAGGGCUCCUGACCCGCUGCAGGUUCUAAGAAUGAUCGUCGGGACAGUACACAAGGCUAGAGAAGCCUGUAAAGAAGCAUGCU